CUCUUGCAUGGCGUUGCUAAUCAGUUUUAGUCUACCUGUAAAAAAGCUAAACGAAACAUCCAAAUUGAAUUAAAAAACUAAAGCAAGAAGAUUAUGAGAAUGUGCGGAACUUUUAUUUGUUAGUAGGUAAACCAAUGAACUUAAUAAAUGCCUUCCUCCAACAUCAGCCGCGUGAGACGGCGUUCUCUAUAAGACAACGCAACACGGGAGCUUCAGAGAGCUACCGCAGACGACGCCAUAUUAAAAGGUGAGCCGAGCACUGCCGAAAUGGAGGAAAAUCAGAGAUCGGAGACGGUCGCCGUAUUGCCGGACAUGUCCGAAUCGCUGACGAGCGAAACCGACGAAAGUCAACAGCGUCAAUUGCAGCAAACUACAACGGCGACGACGGUGGUGCGUGCGAGUGUGACAACAACGUCGGCUGUCGCGACCACCGUUGUAUCACAGAGACAGGAGGUUGCGACAGUCGCCCAUCCGGUCGCUGUCGCAACCAAUAUUGCAACCACAGUAACCACCGGCGUCGGGGCGCCGGUCUCCCUACCCGUAGGUUCGAUUAUUGGAGUUGCUAAUUCAAGUAACGGCACGACUUUCAAUGUCAUUACUUCUGAUCAACUGCAGUUACCAACUCCAGGUCAAUUUAAGCAAAUGUUAUGUGUAGAUAAUGGUUUCCUUUGCGAAUCCAGAGGAAUUGAAAAAAAUGAUCCCCUUAGAUGGAAUGGAGAAAUAAAAGCAACUCAUAUAGUAAUUCAAAAUAGUACAGAGGAUAGUGAAACUGAUCCAAUACAUGUUUCAUCUGCAGCAUCAAAUUCAUUAUGCAGUUGGUCAGAGUGUGCAAACAUGGCAGUUUUGCCAAUCAGAUGUAAGAACACAAAUGCUGAAUUACAUAAAAAUAGGUUUGGCUCUGGUGGUCGAGGACGUUGCAUAAAAUUGGGUAAUGAGUGGUAUACGCCUAGCGAAUUUGAAGCUUUAUGUGGUAGAGCAUCUAGUAAAGACUGGAAAAGGAGUAUUCGCUUUGGUGGAAGAAGUUUACAAGCAUUAAUUGAUGAACAAAUUCUGAGACCACAUGCUACUUCUUGUACAUGUUCUGCAUGCUGUGAUGAUGAUAGUGCAGCUGGACCAAUUCGACUAUUUACCCCCUACAAAAGAAGAAGAAGAACAAGAGAACCUAUUGAUGGAGAAGGACCACCACGUAAGUUUAAAGGAGAAAAUUCUAGAGAUGGUAGUAAUAAUGAUGAUAGCGAAAGUGAACUUAUAACGGAAAAAGGAUGUUGGCCAUCAUUUGUAUCAACAGAUGAUAUAGUAGUACAACAUGCUCAAGAAACAGAACAAGUAGUUACAAAUGUUCAUCAUCAAACCGAAAAUGGACACAGUGAAAGUAAAUUUCAAAAAUUAGAUGAAAUAUCUAAUAAACUUUUAAAGAUUGUUUAUGAAUUUAGGAGAGUUAUUGAAGAAUUUAAAGCAGAAGAAAAUAGGCAACAAAGAAGAGAACAAAAUUUAGUAUCACAGUUAGGUGGUAGAGCUGAGGUAAUAGAAACCGUUGGUUUACAACCAGCUUCAGAUUCUCAUAAUAAAAAGUGUGCAAAUUGCAAUAGAGAUGCAUUUGCAGAAUGCUCAUUAUGUCGACGAACACCUUACUGUUCCACUUUUUGCCAACGAAAAGACUGGAACAUUCAUCAAGUUGAGUGUGUGAGAGAUGCUGCUGAAACUGUGAUGCUUAUUGUCGAAAGCAGCACUGGUGAUACAAGCGUCUUGCCUGCUCCAACAGGAGAUCAAUAGCUAGUGUUCCUAACACCAAUUUGUUAUAAAAAAUACAUCAACCUUAUUAUUAAGAAGAAUAUAAGUCCUUUGCAUUACGUGUGAAAAAUACUUUUGUAAAUACUGAAUUGUAACAUUAUAUGA